AUGCCCCGAUACUUUCAACAUAAGAGUGAGAGCCGAGAAAGAGGAUAUAGGAGCAGAUACGAUCAGUCCAAUCAGUAUAAGCGAAGGAAACAGGAUGAUAGACAGGGUAGAAGAGGUGAGCAUAAGCCGGUGAAUAGAUACAGGGUCAGAUGCGAAGAUGGCGAUGGCGAUGGCGAUGGCGACAAACAACAGGACACUGAGAAGUUAACACUAUUAGACUGGUUGAUUGAUGAGGAUUUAUUUGAGAUUCGGCAGUUUUUUUUGAACUCGAUAUUGAAGAUUAAAAACAAAAGAUACAAUUCAAAUGAUUACUUGAAUUUUUUGGUGUCGUUGAGGUUUCACGAGUUUUUAAUAUUCGAUGACAAUAUGAGCGAUAUCGUUUUGAUUCUAAAUUUUUUCACCCUAAAGAAAAAUUUAAAUCUCAUCAAUUGGUUCAAAAGGUUGUCAAAAUUUGAUUUAACGGAUUUGGUCAACGAUUUAAAUAUAAAACUAAGCCUAAUUAACAAUGUGAUAACAAAUAACAGUACAAAGAACAAGGGCUUUAUCAAGCCGGUAAUUAUUGAUAGAUUGAUUGAAAUUUUGAAACUCUUUGAAAUCUUCCUGUUUCAAUUGGUCAAUAUCCAUUUGUAUUAUAAUAAUAAUUACUACUCAAACAAUAAUAUCACUGCCACUAGCAAUAAUAGUAAUAAUAGUAAUAAUAGUAAUAACAAUGGAAACUAUAAAGUUUACAAGGUGUAUGAAAACACUGGUAAAAACGAGGACAACGAGGAGUUCAAGCGAAUUAUCAAGAAUAAAAAUUUACCCGAGUUAAUUGAGUUGAACAAAGAAAUUGAUAAGACUUUAAGAGCAACUGAAGAUGAAAAGGAAAAAGAAGAAAAAGAGAAAAAAGAGGAAAAAGAGGAAAACGAAGAAAACGAGGAUGAUUUAUACAAAUUCUGGAGAAACUUGAAGAAGUUGGUCAACUUCAAAAUAAACGAUUUCAAGUUGUUGAAUUUCCAAAAGGAGUUGUUUCAAAUCAUUGAUGUGCUAAGCGCCGAGAGCGAAAAGGAAGUCGAGAACGCUCCAGACUCUGCUGCAAAAGACGAAAUGGGCGCUGAGAAGGACCACAAAGCCCAGGCCCAAGAGAAAGAGAAGGAAAAGGAGGCAAAAGCACAGCGAGAACACAAACACGCGAAGGACCUGAGGGAGAACAACAUCGAGUACUACAAAAAUAGCAACAAGAAGCUCACUCUCGACCGCCGCAACAUCUUGAAGGACUUGUCGCCUCCAAACCACGCUCACAACGCCGUCAAGCCUAAGUACCAGUCCCUCAUCUACUUGGACUACGACUGGAACACCUACAACAAGGCCCACUACAACUUGAUGAACAAUAACCCUCCUCCCAAGUACAUCAAUGGCUACUCUUUCAGAAUUUUCUAUCCCAACUUGAAGAAAAACCAAAUCCCCUCUUUCAAGUUGAUUUCCAUUGCAGGCGACUCUCCAAAGGACCAGGUAAAUGAUAAAACCAGUGCCAAGAAGGUAGGUGGCGACAAAGAGGAAAAUGACGACGAGUUUCUUAAGAAAUACUCUAGGGUUGGUGAUCAAACCUGUAUCAUUAAAUUCUAUGUCAUCACAUUGGAUUCUCCUUAUGAUUCACUUCCAAAUGCCAAAUCAAAUCCCCAAUUGAACAUUAAUCUGAAUUCAAACAAUCAUUAUCAGAAAAAAAACGAAUAUCAAAGAGUGAAAUUCUUCCAGCCCAAAAAAUUUAAAAUUGAUUAUCAGUUGUUAAACUAUGAUAAGUUCACCAAUUACGAUGAAAUAUCUUUUAAAAUUGUCAAAAGAGAAUGGGACAAGUCCAGUCAUUUUUUUACAAGUAAAUUUGAAAAUAACAUAUUGGAGUUAUCAUUUAAAUUUAAAAAAAUCUAUUAUAAGAAAUGA